AUGACCCACUUUUUCGUCGAAGGCCGCUGCGACUGCCCGCGGCUCGCCCGCUGCCAACUCCUCGCCGACAGACUCCAGGCCCUUUUGCCCUCGCUGAAAUUUCACUUCCGCCUUUUCGAGCCUUCCGCCUUCAAAGACAGACUCCAAGUCAUCGCCCGCAGCUUCCCAGCCCUCGACCCCGCGCUGCACAGCGAGGGCCCCGUGGUGUACACCAGCGGGGGGGUCUUCGUGGGGGACGACAGCAGCUUUGCUGCAGCAGCAGCAGCAAAGUACAAAGCAGCAGCAGCAGCAGCAGCAGCAGACCUGGAGGGGGCCCCCGUUGCUGCUGCAGUUCAGCAGCUGGUGCUGCUCAACUCGCAGCAGCAGCAGCAGCAAAAAGAAAAAGACAAGUUCGGGGCCCCCCUGGCCCUCCAGGCCCGCGCCAGGGCGCAGCAAAUCCUCACAGCAGCAGCAGCAGCAAACCCCACUUGCCCCCACCACAUCCGGCAGCAGCACCGGCUGCUGCAGCAGCAGCAGCAGCAGCAGCAGCGCCACCGCCAGCUCCGGGGGCCCCACUGGGGAGGCCCUCACGGCGACUACGCGGGGGCCCCCCGGGGGGCCCCCAGGGGGGCCCCUUUGGGUUUUAAAAUAUGGCCAGGAGUUGAAGUGGGUGAGGCAAUAGAUCGGGGCAGCCGCUUUAUGGUUUGGGUUUCUCCUUUGUUGCAGAAGAAGCAGGAGCUGCUUCGGAUGCAGCAGCAGCGGCAGCAGCAGCGGCAGCAGCAGCAGCAGCAGCAGCAGGAACAGGAGGAGCAGCAGCAGCAGGAACAGGAGCAGCAGCAGCAGGAACAGGAACAGCAGCCGCAGCAGGAACAACAGCAGGAUCAGCAGCAGCAGCAGGAGCCGCCGCAGCAGCAGCAAGAGCAGCAGCAGCAGCAGCAGCAGCAAGAGCAGAAGGAGCCGCAGCAGCAGCAGCAGGCCGAGAAGGCGCCGGAGGCGCCGCCGCCGCCGCAGCAGCCGCAGCCGCAGCCGCAGCCGCAGCAGCAGCAGCAGCAGCAGCAGCAGCAGCAGCAGCAGGAGUGCAGCAAGAUAGUGCCGGGGUGUCUGCUGCUGGAAGCAACAGUGCCGCGGGGGGCCCCCCAAAGCACUUGCGACUUAAAGUUGCUGCUGCACUCUUCGCCUUUGCUGCAGGGCCAUUUGGUUGCGGUGUCUCGCGACUGUGUGCAGCAGCUGUCUAGACACUGCAGCAGCAGCAGCGGGGGCGCCCCGCUGCUGCUGCUGCUGAGCGGUGCGCAGCAGCAGCAGCAGCAGCAGCAGCAGCAGCAGCGGCAGUGCGCAAAUGGACUUUGCAUGCAUCUAUUUGUUCCUUUUUUUGGUUUUAAUCUUAUUUUUCACAAAUUAAAUAAAUUUAAAUAA